UUCAAAACGCGUUUUCAAAACCUUUUCUCUAUCAUUAGUUCUUUAAUCUUCUCUUCCAGUUCCCUGCAAUUUCUUUCUGAGUCUUCAAGAACACCAUGGGAAUGGAAACCAGAAAGCUCUCAGAUGAAUAUGAAGUUUCAGAGAUCUUAGGAAGAGGAGGAUUUUCUGUUGUCAGAAAAGGAAUUAAAAAAUCAAGCAGUGAAAAAACCCAGGUAGCCAUAAAAACACUCAGAAGAGUAGGUACCUCUGAUCCUUCUUCUGGAUUUCCAAGAACUCAAAGAGGUCAUAAUAAGAGUAUAGCUGCCAUGGGGUUCCCAACAUGGAGACAAGUUUCAAUAUCUGAUGCUUUACUCACCAAUGAGAUCUUAGUCAUGAGGAAGAUAGUUGAGAACGUUUCACCUCAUCCAAAUGUGAUUGACCUCUAUGAUGUUUAUGAAGACUCAAAUGGGGUUCAUCUCGUUCUCGAGCUUUGCUCCGGUGGCGAGCUGUUUGACCGGAUUGUGGCUCAAGAGAAGUACUCGGAGGCCGAAGCUGCAGCUGUCAUUCAUCAGAUUGCAAAAGGACUAGAGGCUAUUCAUAGAGCUAAUAUUGUGCACAGGGACUUGAAGCCUGAGAAUUGCUUAUUCCAGGACAGUAGAAAGGAUUCUCCUCUGAAGAUCAUGGACUUUGGGUUGAGUUCUGUGGAGGAAUUUACUGACCCAGUUGUUGGCUUGUUUGGAUCCAUUGAUUAUGUCUCACCAGAGGCUCUAUCUCAAGGAAAGAUUACUAAUAAGAGUGACAUGUGGUCCGUGGGAGUAAUUCUUUAUAUCUUACUCUCUGGGUAUCCGCCUUUCAUCGCUCAGUCUAAUCGCCAAAAGCAACAAAUGAUCAUGACUGGGAGUUUCAGUUUUUAUGAGAAGACUUGGAAGACCAUUUCCUCAUCAGCAAAGCAAUUGAUUUCAAGUCUCUUAGCCGUUGAUCCUGAUAGGAGACCUAGCGCUCAUGAGCUUCUCACUCAUCCAUGGGUCAGAGGAGAAAUAGCUAAAGGUGAUCAGAUGGAUCCUGAGAUUGUUGACAGAUUGCAAAAAUUUAAUGCUCGUCGCAAACUCCGUGCUGCAGCAAUUGCUAGUUUAUGGAGCAGCACAGUCUUCUUGAGGAUUAAAAAUUUGAAAUCCUUGUUGGGAUCCUAUGAUCUUACACCAGAGGAAAUUGAAAACCUCAAGAUACACUUCAAGAAAAUAUGUGCAGGUGGAGACAAUGCCACGCUCCCUGAAUUUGAGGAGGUUCUAAAAGCAAUGAAUAUGUCAUCACUUAUCCCUCUAGCACCACGCAUAUUUGACAUAUUUGACAACAACCAAGAUGGAACUGUUGACAUGAGAGAGAUACUCUGUGGGUUUUCCAGCCUUAAGAAUUCGAAAGGCGACGAUGCACUUCGUCUCUGCUUCCAGAUGUAUGACACUGAUCGAUCUGGGUGCAUUACUAAGGAAGAAGUAGCAUCCAUGCUCAGAGCUUUGCCAGAUGAUUGCCUGCCUGCUGAUAUCUUUGAACCAGGCAAAUUAGAUGAGAUAUUUGACCUGAUGGAUGCCAACAGUGAUGGAAAAGUCACCUUUGAAGAAUUCAAAACUGCCAUGCAGAGAGACAGCUCUCUGCAGGAUGUAGUCCUUUCCUCUCUCCGCCCAUCAUAGUUUUGCCUUCAAUGAUGUUCUGGUUCUCUAAUAUUUUCCUUGAGUAUUCAUCCCAUAGGAGCAAAAGAAGUGGACUGCUGAACCAGGUGAAGCCAUGCCAUCAAAUUUUAAAUUUGACAAUUAGGAACUUUUGCCUCCACACGUCAUACUAAAGCAACCUCCUUGUAACACCACUGUAGUUGCAGAAAGCUAAUUACAAGUUCAUCCCAAGUACUGUACUUAUCAAACUAACGGACAAAGUCAAUUCAGUCCAUGCGGCAAAAGUUGAGGCUUAAUAUUUGUUUAUAGCUUGAAGAAAUAUUAAGAUGCAGGAGAGUCAGCAUACAGAUUAUGCAUCAGGAAUGGAGCAAAUUACCUCAAAUUUAUUUUUCUUCGCUUCAACUAAUUUCUAAUAAAUACUAGAUACUAGAUUCACGCACCAGAGAAAAAUGAAUCAACUUCAAACGCAUAGAAAGCUUCACACCAUAAUUUUUUUAAGGCUUUUUAUAGGUCUAAUGCCUUGAGGGUGCUUUUCACCUUUGACCACCUGGGUCCUGAAUAUUAUUGUUAAGAAAAGAGGCCAGCAAAUCAUAUUGACAUAGGAAUUUUAAAAGCAGUAAAAUGAUCAAAACAUGACACUUUCUAGGAGAUAAGGAAGUGUAAAUGUAAUGUUCUCAGAUAGAAAUAGGAAUGGUUAACAUAAAAAAAAAAACCCAACGGGAAAAACUCUGCACCAGGUACGAGGAAAAAUCUCCCAUCAUUUACCACAUAUGAAAUUAAGAUUGUGCAUGAAUUGAUCAUCUAAUACUUUUGUCUGACAAUUUAAUGUAGAACUGGGGAAAUUUGAUGCAAGAAGAGAGGGAACCGGUCUGAAUGAGUUUAUCUUCAUUUGCUGUGAUUUGAAGCAAUGUAGGACAAAUCAUACUUGAUGAGAUGCACUGUGUUGUAUAAGCGAGACAAUCUGAGCCGUUAAUUAGCAAAGGAACUUGUUAUGUCCUUGUUUGGUGAUAGUUAAUUUUUGGUGCCCAUAUGUGCUUUAAAUGCUAUAGAGCUUUUCUUUUGGAAAUUAAUAGUAUAGAGCUUUCAGAUAUGAAGUUAUCUUCUCAUGAUAA